UUAAGAGCCUCGUGUUGUUACAGGAAGUGUGAGGGGUGUUUCCAGCUGAUCUGAACAACAGGAGGACCGGAGUCUCCCUCAGCAGUCCGACCUGUCUGGGCUUUUUUCGGGCACCUUAGCAAAGCUCGCCGGUCCCGACCUCCGGCGGCUCCUUUGCGCCGCGAAGAGACAGUCGUUCCGGGGUAAAUCAGGAGGAGAGCCGGGGGCUUAUUCUCGUCCGAUAGCCGUGAGCCGGUGCCGUCGGAAGCUGUUAGCUCGGACUGUCAUGAUCCCAGCUCGGAGAUGGCGUCCUUCCCCGGUUUGUGUAAGGCUGUCGGGCCCGCGGAGGAGGAGAACGGGGAGCUGGACGGAUCCCUGCAGCAGAUGCUGAAGGCCAUCGCGGACGAGAGGAGCCGCCUGAACAGCCGACAGGAGAUCAGCGGCAUCGGCUGUUUUAAAGAUGACCGCAUCGUUUUCUGGACCUGGAUGUUUUCCACGUACUUUAUGGAGAAGUGGGCGCCGCGACAGGACGACAUGCUGUUCUACGUCCGCCGGAAGCUCUCCUACGUCAGCGCCGACAACAGCGAGGGCAAGAAGGUGGAGGUGGAGGUCUACAGGAGGGACUCCAAGAAGCUUCCGGGCCUUGGUGACCCCGACAUCGACUGGGAGGAGAGCGUCUACCUGAACCUCAUCCUUCAGAAGCUGGACUAUGUGGUGACGUGCGCCGUCUGCACACGCUCAGACGCAGGAGAUAUCCACAUCCACAAGAAGAAAUGUCAGGAAGUGUUCGCAUCUCCGAGUAAACAUGCCAUGGACAGCAAAGGGGAGGAGUCCAAGAUGAGCUACCCCAACAUCUUCUUCAUGAUCGACAACUUUGAGGAGGUGUUCAGUGACAUGACGGUGGGUGAGGGCGAGAUGGUGUGUGUGGAGCUGGUGGCGAGCGACAAGAGCAACACCUUCCAGGGCGUCAUCUUCCAGGGCUCGAUCCGCUACGAGGCGCUCAAGAAGGUCUACGACAACCGGGUGAGCGUUGCUGCUAAGAUGGCCCAGCGGAUGUCUUUCGGCUUCUACAAGUACAACAACAUGGAGUUUGUGAGGAUGAAGGGGCCGCAGGGCAAAGGUCACGCCGAGAUGGCCGUCAGCAGGGUGCCGACUGGCAACACCUCCCCCUGCGGCACCGAGGAGGACCAGGUGUCACCCAUGCACGAGAGGGUGACAUCGUUCAGCACGCCUCCGACCCCGGAGAAGAACCGCCCCUCCUUCUUCUCGCCGUCUCUGAGGCGCAAGAUGCCUCGAAACCGGAUCGCUGAGAUGAAGAAGUCUCACUCUGCCAACGACAGCGAGGAGUUCUUCAGGGAGGAGGAAGAUGAAGAUCUUCACACCACCACAAACCUCCGCUCGCGCUCGCUGUCGGGCACCGGGCGCUCAUUGGUCGGCUCGUGGCUCAAACUGAACCGGGCAGAGGAUUAUUUCCUGCUGUACUCACACCUGACCUACGUCACCCUGCCACUGCACCGCAUCACCACAGACAUCCUGGAGGUGAGGCAGAAGCCGAUCCUGAUGACAUAGCAUAGCUGGACUCAAAGCAUCAUUACGAAGUGCCUCCUGCAUCAGGCCACCGAGACAACAGCAGCGCCCCCGGUGUUCUGACCGAGACCCGCAACCAAACAGCCGCUUCAACCGGAGACGCAGAAACGGCGUCAGAGGGACGACGAACAAACCAGCCAUCCGAGAAGUGCCUCCGACUCUUUCGGUUCCUGCGGCCAUCUCCACGGAAAUGGGCCCGGAGUCAGGAUCACAUGACCUCUGCGUGAACUGACCGGAAAUGAGAGCGAAGAAUGUUUUUGUCUGUAAAUACCUGCUGCUUUUCUCACAGACGCCUUGACUAAAGGUCGAGCUUUUAGAGACCGCCUCCUACUUCCUGUUCGGCUCGCUGUGGACUUCUUGUUUAAACUCCACCACGGGUGAAAUUCUGGGUCACAGUGAUUGUGUGAGAGGAAACGGCGGGGUCAAAUCCACCUGACUUAUACAGGAAGUGGUCGCUUCACUUCAGAAUAAAACACCAACCUGUACAAUUGCAGCUUCACUAUCAGAAUAUUUUCACUCCUCUGAGAUCACAGUUUAAACCAAACGACAUGUGAUAUGUGUCACAUGACACAGUCAGUUAAGGAUUCUGUCAUAAUCAUUUUACAGGAUUAUAACUAAAGACAAAAAUUUUAAAAAUAAUUCUAAGAAUGAUAAUUUUUUCAACAAAGACAUGACCCACAUUUUCACACUUAUUCAAGUUUUUCCCCUGUUUUUGUAGAGAAAACAUGAAAUAUUUCAUAUUUAUUUAUAUUUGUUGUUGAAUUUUAUUAUCAGACAUCAAAGAUUUUACAGGAAAAGGUAUUAUAAAAAUAAUCAUUUUUGUUCAUUAUGUUGAAAGUUUUCCCUUCUGAAAGAAAAUGCAUCUAAAGAAUAGUUACAUUUUCAGCUUAAGAUUUCUCUCAGAAUGACUCAGACCUCAGUCAUUCACUAAGAUCAGCAAACAGUAAAACGAGUCCUUCAGACACUAAAACCUAAAACUCUUUAUUUAAACACUACUCGCUUCAUGUUGGAUUUUCUGAGUAAAUGUGUUCUAAUGAACCAAAAAUACAGAAAAUAAAUACAGUUCUGAUGCUGAAGACCCAACUUCAUCUUGUACGUUCUUAAUUUCGUUGUAUAUAAUGAAUUUUAUAAGUUUAAGAUGUGAAACUAUAAAUGUAAGUUAUUAUAUCUGCGUUUUUCACAAAUUUGUACUUCUGUCUUACCUUCCAGUGUGAAAAACUUGGAGGCGACUUUUGUUGUGAUUAUAUGAAUAAAACUGAAUUUACAGAAAAUUUCCAACUAACAAAACGAGAAUCUAUUAAAGUCAUUUUGAGAGAAAUCUUGAAUUAUUUUAACUGGUGCAACAUCAUAAACGCUAACGUUGAGUAAUCCUGAUGAAGAAAUUCUCAUAUUUUAUUCCAACACUCCAGAGUAUUCACUAAAUAGUUUUAACUUUUAUCUGUAUGUACGUAUGAUUGAAAGCAACCCGUCUAUAACAUUUAAUGGUAACUUUAUGACAAGUGUUUUUAAUACUAGCAUUUAUCGUCAGCGCUGAAGGAAAUUUUUUAAAAAGAACUUUAGAACUUAAGAUUUUUCACAAGUUUGUGCCAUGAGUUUUCUUUGUGUUGCAUUAUCUCAUUAAGCUCAUUAAAAAUAUUCAGUUUUAAAAAAUAAAACGUAUUGUAAAAUUGCAGUUCAUGAAUUGUUACACAAAAUUAUUUCAGUAUUUAAAUACUUGACUAAAAUUAAAAUUUUAAGUCCAAAAUCUUUGAGUUUACUUUAAAGUUCAAAUUAAAACGAGUUUGAAUACAGAUACAGCUUUAAUUCUGAUGACAUGUUCAGUUUGGGAUCAUUUCAGUAGGACUUGUUGAACCAUGAUUCAGUAUUUGACCCCGUCCUCGUGUCCUCGUCUUUAUACGAAAUCACUUUUUCUUGUGAUGAUGAAACUCUGCCGUCGACUUUUCACGUCGACUCACUAAAGCGAAAAAAGGUAAAAGAAAAAAAGCAGCUUAUAAAAACCAGCUUUUACUUUUUACAGAUUUAUUUUCAAACCUGCGGCUGAAACUGGACGAGACUUGAAAAACUGCUGAAGUUCCAGACGAAACUUUAAGGGAACAAAAGAAACUGAAGCAGCCGGCUGUUGAUGUUAAAGUGACUCCCGGUUUUUUGUCCCUCUGAGCUCCCGAAGCCUUAAACACACUGACUGUGUGUGUAACAUCUCCUCUUUUCACUUCCUGUUUCUUUAAACUCACCUGUGAGACGUUUUAGACACACCAACCAGCCCAGGCUUCGAAGCGUCACCUGCUCCUCACCUGCAUCAUCAGAACACCAGAAUCAGAAUCACUCUGUGUGACUCACAGCGACUCCUUUUUUUAUGUUUCCUGUGAAAACUUAAUCUUUUUGGAUGUUGGAAAAAGUUACAGCUGAGAAAUGUUUUAAGAAAACUGGAACAAAUUCAACACUGUAAGGAGGGGAGGGGGGCUAAAAUUGAACUGAGUCUAGGUAAGUAAAAAUUUUAGUUUUAAGGGCAUUUAUUUAAAGAAAACUGCUUUUACCUCCUGAAUGGAGAAAAUCUCAGUAACCUCCUAAAAGUGAAAUCAAUUUUACUCUAAAAUUUCAAAGAAAAAUGAAUCUGUUUUUAAAGUAAGUCGUACCUUGAGAAAAAACUCCAACUCUGAUCCAAAGUUUGUGAUAAAAUGAUGUAAUGUUAUCAUCUUACAUUAUUAAAAUUAGUUUUAGAUAUUGGAAUUUUUUUUUUCGAGAAUACACUUUGAGGUUUUAAUGAUUUGCAUGUACGCUGUACUACAAACACCUGGUGUUUUCAGGUUUGAGGGUGGAGUCAGAUCGGCUGUUGGUGUUAUUGAUCAGAUGUCAUCAGUAUUGGUUUGCUCUCAGAUGAAGCCAUCGAUGCUCAGAGUGUUUUCCUCCGUGUCGUAUUGCACCUUUUUCUUUGUGUCAGUGUUUUUGAUGUAGUUUAUAGAUCUCCAGCUGAAUGUAUCCACGCUGAUUAACAAGCGCUUUAAGUGAGAGACGUUUGACGGACUGUGACGGUUUGCACUGUAAAACGCUUUUACAGCCUUUUUGGAAGCAGUUUGUUAAACUUUCUGUUGACGUGUUCAUGCUUCCAUCACAGCUUUUGUACACAGACACACUUAAUGUGCAUGUUUCUGUCUCUUCUUCUGUUUCCAGACUCUCUGUACAUUCUCCUGCAUUUAUUUACUGAAAUACACAUUAGCAGAAAAACGCCUCAAUGUCAAGUCGUCUGAAUUCAGCCCCACAGUCACAGGUCAUUAAGGUGGACUUACUACAGUUACACUGAGCUGUGGUGAAGCCCUUCAGUGUAAACAUGCUGUGUUAGGUCCUCCCCCUUUAAAUACACCCUCUGCAAAAGCUGUUUUUUCUGGUUGACCAGCUUUUGGAAGCCUGCCGAGGACCAGGUGUGGCUGUAGUAAUGAGGGCACCAAAAUAAAUAACAAAAAAACACUUUCCUUCCAAAAGUAGAAAAAAAAACUGUCUUAGAAGCCUUGGAUCACAGGGAUUACUGUACACACACCAACCUCAACUGGCCAUGUUAACAUCCACCACUGGAACUGUAGUGUGCAGAAGUCCUGAACCACUGCCUGUUUCUUUACAUUUUUCUUCCCGAAGGUCUUUCAAAGUUCUUUGGACACUGGCGGCUUUUCCAGGUCUUAUACUCGACAGUGUUCACAGGAGUGUGUUUGUGUUAAAACACAACGCUGACCUUUCACUCACGUGUCUACACGAAAUAGACGACUCAUUUGUUUAGAUCACUGUUUGCCAAAUGAAAUGCAGUGGAAGAUUAUCUGGUUCCACCUGCUUCUUAAGUGACCGGUGUGAGUAAUGGGCAGAACAACUACAUUCUCUUCCACUAGAGGGCAGUACAACUACCUGCUCUAAUUAAAUGGGUUGCAAACUGCCAGUAAAACAGGCGACAAAGAAAUUACAUAGUGAGUGUGACAACGCAGGGCAUAAUAGCAAUAGAUAAAUAUUUUUUGGGGAAAAAAAGGUCCUGGAGAAAAUUCCAACCCAGAUAAGCCCAUAGCAUGAGUAGUGGUCACAAGAAAGCAAAACCGGUAUACUGGGGAGAAAUCGAUCCGAUUCUGCUGGUGCGCAGGGAAAAAUUAUCAAUAUGCUUUUUGUGACAUUUGUUUGGUGGUGUGCCGUGUGAUUAUUAUUUUUUUUUUGUUAACGUGAAAUAUGUGCCGUGGUUCCUAUAUGUUGGGAAACACUGGUUUAGAUUAAAAUAUCAAACAACACUUUGACAUAAUAUUUCUGCACCAGCAAACUGAAAACAAUACAUGAUGUGCACGGUCCUUAAAAGCUGAGUAAACUGGACAAAUUGAGGACAAAAACAAACAAAAGACAAAAAGCGUCAGGGAAAGGCGGACUUAUGAAAAUGACACAACUGGACUGAAAAUCAGAGGAAAACUUCUGAUGGAGAGAUGGAUCGAAAUCAUUUUCAGUAUGUACAGGUCAUCAGGUGAUCUUUAUUAAAACUGAUGAAUUAUGAACAUACACACAUCUGAUCAGCAGCAACAUCACAAUGAUCCCAAACACACUGCCAGUGCAGUAAAAACACACCUGAUAGUUCUGUGUUUCUAUGUAAAACAGAAUUAUCCAAAGAAGAGCUGUGAAGCCUGGAGAUCAUAUCCUGCAGACGCAGAGAUGACAAAGUUCAGACUGAAGAAUAAAGGUACUUACAUCAAAACUGUUUUUGCCUUAUAUUCUGUAUUUUACAUUUUUGUUUCUACACUUCAAUAAAUCACUGCACUGAAAUGAGGUCAGUGCAAGAGUUUUCUAAAACUAAGAAUGAGCAUGAAAGUGUUACCUCGUGUUCACGUGUUAAAGGCAGAGUUUGGGUUGCUUGUCGGGCGAGAAGAUGCUUCAUGCAGUUUUACCUCCUGAUGUUGGCAGCAGUUCUGGUUUAAAGACUCAGCUUGAUUUCUCCCGGGACUAUUAAACUGGAAUUAUUCUCAGCACUCAGCCCGUCAGGAGGGCGGCGCUAGAUGUUUGUGGAGGUGAAGCAGAAAUAAAGACAACAG